AUGCCUCGUACCAAGGUGUUCUUCGACAUCACCAUUGGCGGAAAGAAAGCCGGCAGAAUUACUAUGGAGGUGGGAUAAAUUCGAAUGGAACGGAGACAUCGAAUCGUUUCAGUUGUACAAUGACAUCGUUCCGAAGACUGCCGAGAACUUCCGUGCUCUGUGUACAGGAGAGAAAGGAAAGGGGAAAUCGGGCAAGAAACUGCACUUCAAAGGGUCCACCUUCCAUCGUGUCAUUCCCGAAUUCAUGAUCCAGGGAGGCGAUUUCACUGCGGCGAACGGGACCGGAGGGGAGUCCAUCUACGGAGAGACGUUCGACGACGAGAACUUCAAAGAAAAGCACACCGGACCGGGAGUCCUCUCGAUGGUAAGCGACUAAUCCGUGAAUGCCUAAAGAACACAGUAAUCGAUUCCUUCAGGCAAACUGCGGAAAGAACACGAACGGCUCCCAGUUCUUCCUCUGCACGAUCAAAACGGCGUGGCUCGACGGAAAGCACGUAGUGUUCGGCAAAGUGAUCGACGGAAUGGACGUCGUGAAAGCAGUCGAAUCGAAGGGAAGCGAGGACGGAACUCCGAAGGCGCCGUGCGUCAUCGCCGACUGCGGAGAGCUCAAGUAG